UCACAGAAAGAGCCCCUGACCCUGUUCCAAUUUUUUCCAACAAGGUUUCAUGGUAAAAAUAGCAAAAUAAAUCAUGGAUGGAAGGACUAGAGAGAUAAUUACUCUUCAAUGCGGUCACUAUGCUAAUUUUGUCGGAACACAUUUAUGGAAUAUACAGGAAUCAACAUUCUCUUAUGAAAAGUGCCCUGCACAGAUUAUACCAAAAGAAAUAAACAACGAUGUUCUAUUCAGAGAGGGGCGAACAUUGCAGGGUGAAGAGACAUAUACUCCAAGACUGGUAUGUCUUGAUCUGAAGGGCAGUCUGAACACACUGCGGGCUGAAGGAAUAUUGUAUGACUUAAAAACUGAAGAGGAUGUGCAUUGGGGUGGUGAUAUCACUCUCCAUAAGAGUAGUCCAGCACACAAAAAUCAGUUUCUGGCUGAUCUUGAGGCUCAAGAUGAGUAUUACCUCCAGGGAGAGCCAAGAGUUGGAGAUGAUGAAGAUAACCUUUCAACCCCUGACAUGGAUACCUCAGAGGUCAAUGCAGGUGACCCGAAGGCUGAUGACCCUCCGGCGUUGAAGCACUAUUAUCUUGAUGACGAUGUUCAUGUGUGGUCUGAUUAUCUACGUAGUCAUCUUCAUCCCAAAAGCGUAUCCAUCAUUAAAGAGUAUUCACAUGACAGCAGUGUUGGUGGAUUUGACUUGUUCACACAAGGACAGAAUGUCUUCAGUAGAAAGGAUGUUUCAGAUGAAAUCGAGGACAAGAUCCACUUUUUUGUAGAAGAGUGUGAUCACCUUCAGGGAUUCCAAGUCUACUUAGAUUUUUGUGAUGGAUUUUCUGGUCUUGGUUGUGGCAUGUUACAAGGGUUAGGUGAUGAGUACCAUGGGAAAGGGAUCUUUGCUGCUGGAGUUGCCCCAGCUGUCUUUGAUGAUGAGAAUCCAUUAUUAGAUUCCUAUAGGAUCUUGAAUUCUGUCUUGUCAUUCAGUAGACUGGUUACUCACAGUUCAUUCUUUGUUCCUCUGUCACUUGCAUCUACUCUAUGGAGGAAAGUCGGGCCACCACUUUCUUUUCCUCAUCUUAACUACAAGCCAUCAAUGUCCUAUCAUACAUCAGCUAUCCUUGCUAGUGUUUUGGACACAGCAACUCUGCCUCUAAGAACAGUAGAUAGUUCGGUAACUCUCUCCAUGAUGACUGAUGCAUUAGGGGCCAGAGGACGAAAGAUUGGAAGUCUUCUCACCAACUUCCCCCUUUCCUUCCAUUCUUCGUCAACGCUCGCCGAUACACUUGGUGGAUCAAUGUUGCCAUGCCAACCAAUAAUGCCUCACUUUGGGCAAGAGAUCAUUCCCCCGUUUGCCCAGUCUGUGGUCCUCCGGGGGACACCACUGGACAGGGUCAAGAGGCCACCACAGCCAGACUUGAACUUGUAUCACCAGUGUUACGAUGAGGAAGAAAUGCUCAGGAAUUACUUAUUAUCAAACUAUCCAAGAACACUAAGUUCUGGUCGAUGUGUCCAACAGCCAUGUAAAACCAUAGCACCAUUUCCACACCUUUUUAAUGCUGAGGUGAAUAGAGAUGGAUUUCUUUGUGAUGAAGAGAGAAAGAAGGAACAAGGUGUUGAGAGUAUCCCAUUGAUGACCAGUCUACAAUCCAAUCCUGCCGUAAAAAAUCUUCUCAAUUGCCUACUUACUGAAGCACGUAAACUGGACAUUCAUAAAUUCCAUGGGUAUCUGGAGGAAGGUUUAGAGGAAGAUGAGUACAAGGAACAUCUGAAUGACUUGGAGCAACUUAUACCAUGCUAUUUGACUGAAUUAGAAAAGGAAGUCGAUGAUGACGAUGAUGAUGAAGAUGACUGAGCUGAAACUGACAAGUAUGUCGCAGCAUGGACAAAUCUUGCCAAAGUCCUUUACAAUUAUUGAUAAUAGGAAUGCUUGUGGCAAUAUUUGUCAUGUUUUUAACAGAAGUUGGUAUAAAGGGAUUUUUGAUAGUAGAGGUGCUGUUGUCAGUCGAUGAGUGCCCCGAUUACGUGCCAUAAACUUAGGGUUUGAAUUCAACUACAGUGCGAAUACCCUUUGGAAAGAUGAAAGGGAGUUUAGACUAGGCACAUGCAUGUGUUAUGUUCUCUCUUUCUUUAAGAAUGUGAAAACUGACACCAUGUCAGAUCUGGGAUGACAUGCAUUUGCAUACGUCCACUUGUUUUUCACAAAGGUGAUGUCGUCAAAAGCUGACUUUCCAUGGCCCUAUGUGCCCAUUGUGAUCAAUAAGGUUUUUUAUAAGUAGUCAAACAGACCAUUGGAUAAUAUUGGCAUGAUCAGUAGAUUGGGAUACAGUCUUUGUCUUCAUAACUCUCUACAUUUUCCCCUCUCCACCCAGGUGAUUAAUUGGUGUCUGUAAAGAUAUUAAAGUUGAUGUAACUUCUGAAGGUUUCCAUGGCGAAGAAAUAUAGUGUAGCAUAUAGGUUUCACAUAAUAUCAUGUAUCUUUUUUUUGGCAAAUGUUGGUCCUGAAAAGGACAACCCCUUUUCAACGUUUCGACAAGUGCGUUUUUGUCGUCUUCAGUAUAAUGAAUACGUGGUGUUCCGUGAAACCUGCUACACUGAAGUUGACGUAGUUUACAUAUUUCAAUAUGUCCAAUAAUUUGGAGAAUGUACAAACACAACAGGCAUGUCAGAAUCUGUUUAAUUUGGAUAAUUAUUUGUUAAGAGCUUGAUAGACUCUCAAGCUCUAUUAUUCAUAUAUGUCAGGAGUUAUAGAAAAGAUGAAGGGUAUUAUUAAUAAAGAUAUGUCUCUGAAAGAGUUAUAACAAAGUGUAAAUGACUUUGAUCAAACCAUGCCAUGAUCCCAUCCCUUGAAGAAAGGGAUGUGAUUAUAAAGAAUAUUAGACAUUGUUCUGCUAUUCAUAACUGAAAUAUGAAACGGUGUAGUUCUCAUUAUUUACCUUCCAUCAGUGGAAAUCGUGUGCAAUUUCCACUCCAUUUCCAUCUCAAGAAUUUCAUUCAUACUGUGCUGCACUCCAUUCGGAUGGGAUGAAUGGAAAACCGGAAGAAAUUUAUUCCUUGAAAUGAAAAACUAAUUACAGCUACUCUUAAAAGGUGAGGUUAUUCACGCUGCAUUGUUGUAUCAAAGUUAUCAAAAUUGGUUGCUGUAUCUAAAAAUUAUGACAAUUUGUAUUAUGAGAAGCUCAUGAAUUGGUGGACUUAGGAAAUGGAUGCAUGGUAAUGCAAAAUGACUGUUUGUAAAGUUACUUUUAACAUUUUGAGCAGCUGAAAAUGAAGUGCCAACUGAAAUGCCCCAAAUUCCCUUUCCCCCAUCGAUUUAUGAGGGCAUAAAAGAACACUUUGAUAACAAUCUUUAUUGAGAUAAAUCACAUUUUGACUCUGAAACUUAAAGCUGAUGGACUUUAAAGGGCUGCUCUGGGCUGAAGAUAUUUAUUUCUCAAUAAAUAGAGUAAACUUC